AUGAGUCUUUACAAGCGUUACGUUUCAGGUGAACAUGACAAGGAGCACUUCAGAACAGGGCAGAAACAAAUCACUCAUGGCAGAAAGAAAACAAACUCGAUUGAUCAAGGAGCCCAGAGUGGCAUACUAUUACCAUUUUUCAAUGAUGACCCCAAAGAUUAUAAAAGUGAGUCACGAGAUCAGAACACAUUAUUAUCUAAUUGGAUGGAUAUUCUUCAGAAUGCUGUAAUAUUCGUGGGGUAUGAUGAUGUCAUGUUCCAUCACGUUGUAUCUAUAAUUUCCCUGAGUGCAACAACAAGCAAAUUAUCCGCUCAAUCAAUUACCAAGUUUGGGUUUGCAUCGUACCCCGACUUGAAAUUGGAUCCAAACUCUCGAUUCUGGCCAAGUUGCGAGAACCUUUUAUCACAACAUCGCAACUCAAAUGUACGACAAGCUUUGGCCGUCCUGAAUUUGAAAAACUCAAAUAGGAUGUUGAACCAUCAUCGGUCAAUGGAUUUGCCUAUGUGGGAUGAGACCAACGCAGGGGCUUUAGCGAGCUCAAUGAGAUUGAUACAAAGCAAGUCGCCCGAACAUGUGGGGAGAAAAUUAUUGGAACUUGGUUUGGUUCAACAUCAGCAGGUGCAUGCUUUUACAUUAGACGUCAUCUAUGACAAUGAAUGUGCUAGUGAGGAGAUAGUAGAGGAGAAUAAUCAAUUGGUUUCAUUAUUGGGUGAACAAUUGGAUCAAAUCUUUGACCCAUUGUUGGAAUACGCACCUGAAGAAAUAAAGGAAUACUACACGCCUUCAACUAAAAGAGAGCUUGUCCAUUAUCUGAAUCCAAAGAUACAAUCCAUAUUGGAGGAGAUUGUUAAUGUACAAACCAAUUAUACUGCAGGAUUGGUGAACUUGUUGCAAACUUUUAUAAUACCAUUAAGAGCUAGUGCCUUGGGGAAAAGCAGUGUGGAUUCAUCUAGUGCUAUACACAAAAUUAAUCAAAUCUUUCCACCUACCAUUGAUGAAAUUACACGAGUCAAUUGCAUUUUAAAUGACUCAUUGUUGAAUGCUCGCAAAGUGGAUGAUAUCGAAGUAGUGAUUGCCAUGGGAACUAUCAUGCCAUAUUUUUAUAAACCGUUUAUACGACAUGAAGCCAACGUGAAACACUUUAAUGAAAAUUUGACUAAAUUUGCAGAAAAGUACAAAAAGCGUGUGUUUGAAAAUUUAAAGCUAAACUCAUCCCAGUAUACUGUACGUGAGAUUGACUCAAUUGUUACCGGUGCAUUGUUGGAGCUACCCAAAUUCAAGCUUUUGUUGCAAAGAUUGCAUGAGGCAAUUGAAUUUGAGGAGACUCAAUUGAGAAAUUUCGAUAGCAAUAGACCCGACGAUAAUUUACGUUUGGUGAAUUUGAAUUAUACCUCAGCUAUGGAUGUUAUUUAUGCCUUUUCGGGAGCUGAUGAACAUAAAGUUGAAGCAAAGCGUCGGGUGUUUACUCCCACUGGUAGGAUGUUGACAGAUAUAGCUGACAAUUGGCCUUCCGAGUUACAAUUUGAUUGGAAUUCGAGAAAGGUUGUGGGUAUCUACCAAUUAGAUAAUGUUGCUAGAACGAAUUUAUCUGGCUCGGAGAUAUUAGCUGUUUUUUCCGAUUAUUUGUUAUUCUUUACAGUUCAAGGUUGCGAUCACAAGAAGAUUGAUAACGACGAUAGGACAAAAACGAUGUCGGUUGCUGAUGCCUUGAUGCACUCUUUAAUCAAUGAAAAACCGAUACCCAACUUGGAAACAUUUCCGGCAAUGCAAGUUACAGCCUGGUGUCGUAUUGAUGAAGUGUUGGUCACCAAGUACCUGACUUUAGACGAGUCUAAUGCUGAAACUGAAUGCCUUCGGUUCCUUUCAUUGAAUUCUGGUGGAUUCAAAUCAUCCAUCGGUGGAGCUAAAGCAUUCACUCGAAAUUAUCAGGUCACUGGUAAACGUUCACCAGCUGAGGAUAUUAUCACGGCAGUUGAGAAAUCAAAGAUACUCUACAAGUCGUCGUCUUUCCAUUUAUUCAGAUCAGCAAAUAAAGGUAUGCAUGUUAGCUAUACGGCUCAGCUGAGGUAUGAUUAUGAAACCGAGACAUGCAAGCUGCCGUUUGCUUUAUUUUUGAACAUCGAUGUAGAUGUGCCAUGCUAUUUUGAGCAACAUCCUCAAUUAGUUUUGCUAUUGAAAGCAUCAAUGGUGAGUGAUGAUGAGAUUAAAGUCACCGGGUAUGAUAGAUAUGCCAAGCAGCAAAUUAAUGAUAAUGUCAAGAGCAACGAAUUCUCUAGGUAUGUUGAGCACAUGGUGGAAAAAGCAUUUUACAGUUUGUUCUCGACAUAUAAUACCGUGACCAAGAACGUUAUUGAAGGAAAUUUGUUUCAUUUGCGAUACUUGACUGAGCAGUAUUUGAACAACGAUAGUGGCUUAGAGAAACCUACUUGCGCUACUUCAAAUAAAGUGAAUGUUGAUUAUCGCCGAAAUCAAUCUAGCUCAAGGCUACAAAGGUCACCACCAAAGCCCUUGUCUUCCAGAAGCUCAAUAUUGAGCAAGCUUCAUUUAAAGAACUCAAAGAAUGCGGACAUGAAACCUCACCCAGUGAAACCAACGAGGAAGAUCUCUAAUACAUUUAUUCCAAAGGGAACCAAACUCGAAUACAAAGAGGUUUACAAACCAGUGCCAAAACUCCAGAGAAAAGAGACGUCGUCUACAAGCAUGGUCAUAGAGAGUCCUACAGAGGCACCAGUAAAUGAUACAACCAAUCGUUGUACAUCAGCUCCAUCAAUUGAUGUAUCACCGAAUUUUCAGUUUCCUCGAGUGGACCAUUUAGAUGAAAUUGAAACCAACAAUAGUGUUACCGUAGAUCAUGAAGUAAGCACCAUCAAACGACUUUCAACAAUGGAUGACAUCUCAAUAGUUUUAAGAUUGUCACAGGACCCAUCAAUGGGUGACUAUUACUACGACGAUUAUGAUCGAACACCAAAUUGGGAGUUUGUUGAUCCAAAAAACGCAGUACCCGGAGGUGCAUUGAAGCAUGACCUUAUGGGAGUUCCAGCGCAAUGGGGUGCCAAUGAGUUAGUUGAGGUCUACGAAGAUGCCAUCGAGAAUGCACCAGCUAGUGUCGACUACAACCAAGUGCAGCAUGGACGUGACACCUCAUCUCAUCGAAAGAAAGGUGAUCAUUCAGCCUUAGUCAAGCAUCAGUUUAAUGCUCCACCUAUCCCCUCUUUUGUGGAGAGUGCAACCUCCCGAAAACCAUCCAAUGAGUCGCUGAUAUUCUCUCACGUUGCAGGAAAUCCAAGUGCAUACAAUACAUUGACCACUCCUCCAAUUUCAAGCAGCUCAAACGGCUUAAUGUUCAAGAAUAACAGUACUGGCAAAUCAAACCCAACCACUCUCACGCUAAAAAGAUCUCAUUUUCCUCGCGAUGAAUCAUCUAGAUCAAUGAGUGCCCAUGAAGUUGCACUUGAAUUUAGUCGACUCAUUGACGUCGAGUUUAGCAAGCCACCGUUGGAAGCAGCUAUAGGCUCGGUACUCACAUCGCCUAGUACCGUCACCGAGACAAUUCCGCCGAGUCCACUGAACACAUUGACACCGUUUCAUACAAAUUCAAGUGUUGUUACUCUUGUGAGCAAUGAUUCAUCGAGUAAUGUGGAAGUAUUUGGGGAGGAGUCACAUUUAUCAAUAGAUGACCAAGAAGGUGAUGAAAACCAGGUUCGUCAAGGAUUGUAUCAGCAGUCAAGAGGGACACAAGAGACACUUAUUGCCAAAAAUGAAGAUGCCAACGUCGUAAAUAUGCAUCUGAGUGAAACCACAACGAAACCGUUGAAUGAGUUUAUGAGAGAUGAUUCGAUUUCGCAACUUACGAACCUAUUACAAUCCUCAAUUUGGUUUAGUGAUUUUGAUGUUGAAGCGUUCCAUUAG